AUGUCAGACCUGAUUAGACGUCGUUGGGCGGUGACGACUUUACAGAAUUCGGAGCCUCCGGCUCAGCUGGCAUCUGCUUCCACUGCGCCAACACUGAUGGACCACUUGGCAGUUGGUCCCGUGGGGUCCCAGGCGCCUGCUUCAUUGGCUUCAUCAGUGGCGCAGCUUGUUAGCGCCAGGCGGCAUCAUCGGCCCGCUAGCACCACUGACACCACAUCAACUGAUGCGUCGGGGUCACAGCCAGCCAAUAAGAACACCCGAGGGCCGUGUCGGCAGUUGAAGACGGCGAAGGUCACCCGAGUGACCAACAGUCGUAUCAACAUCGGAUACGAUGAGCGACAUCGGGCUGUACCGACGGCGGAGUUGCAUAGCUCCUUGGCCCACGACAUUGGUCAUGUCGUUCGGACCCAUUGCUCGAUGCAAUGGAAGUCUUGGAAGGUCAUGCCUAACAAGAUCAAGACGGAGGUUCGCGACCAAUUGUCGACAAACUACAACUUGGAGGACCUCGACGACGAGUCGUUGGUGUACAUCAACAAACUCUUCUCUGAGAGGUACAAACAGUGGAAGAGCGACUUGCACCACUAUUUUGAGGCAUUUGAUGAUUCGCAAGUCGCUCUUCAGAAGGGUUGCCCGAAGGAGCUUGAGGGGCGAGAGGAUAAUAUCGACGUCUUUGGCGACGUUUAUGUUCGACCUGGGAAUGAGUUGGCCAAGUCCCUUCAUACGACGAUGGUGGAGAGGAGCCAGUUGGUUCUUCAGGAGUCCGCCUCCCAACUUCCUCCCGAUACUCCGAUCGAGUCUGUGGAUCCUCCGCAGGAUGCUAGGUUUCAUAUCUUGACGGAGACGUUGGAUCAGACUCUCGGGAGGAGGCCGGGGACAUAUUGUCGAGGGAUGGGGAAUGCCAGGCGGAGGGAACUCAGACCCAGUCCAUCAGCGCAGUCAAACAGUCAGGUGGCUGCUUUGACAGCACAGGUGGCCACUUUUCAGAGUCAGAUGUCAGUGAUUCUGUAG